UCAGUUCGCUUUGUGGAAGGCAAGAUUUUAGAGGCUGCAGCCUUCCGAGUCUUCCCUUCAAAAGUCCGCGGCCUAGAAGGAUACAGCACCUGAAUUGGGAUGCAGUAUCAGCAACUCAUUCGUUAGAAUCGUCGGCAUUCUUCGACAGUUGGUUGAACCCGGCUCAUUCCGUUCUUUUUGAGUUCGACGUGCUAUUUCGGCUGUGCGUCCUUCGUCAUCAAUCCCGUUCGAUUCAGUUCGAUUAGUGAACCGGCUCAACCGGCUCAAAAGAACGAUUCGUUCAAGAACCAAACAGCAGAGGCGUGUCUUGCAGGAGACCCCACACCACUCAUGACGUAAAACAUAACUAAGUUUCAUUUUCAAACUUUCAAGUUGAAGAGUGACUUCUGUUUUGAGGUUGUUGUAAAAUAUGGACGCACAAUUACACGACGCGGAGGAAGAGUGUGUCAAAUAUAAGCCUGGCGUUCGUUUGGAUAUGAGCCACGGGUUCCUUCACCACAUCAGAAGAAAUCAGAUCGCCAGGGAUGAUUACGACAGAGAUGUAAAACAGGCCAAAGAGAAACAGAGGCGCAGACCCACCACUACCCCUCGCUGCCCAAAAAGGCCUGACCGACAGAUGUACCACCUACGUCAACGGUGUAAGUUAGAUGGUUCUGAGCCUGCCGUGAGUGCAGGGGCAGAGGACUGCAAUGAGGGCAGCUCCGGCACAGUGUUAUUUUGGCUUGAUUACCAGGCUGACAGUGGGCAAAUAACAUCAUUCAUUGUUCACAAGGAGGACAAGCCAGAAACGAUAGUAGAAAGAGUAGCAGAGAAUAACUUUUUGGACUCAGCCAUGAGGGCAGCGCUGUUGGCACGUGUGGAAAGAGAAGUGGAAAAACGACGGGACAAAUGCUAAGAUGCCGAAACGGGAUGUUUUGGUAAAGAACAGAUUUUAAAGAGCCAGGCCUCACUAAAAUAUUGUGUGACCAUAACUGAGGAUGAUGCAGUUCUGCUUUACAGCACCAAGCAUGCCAAAUAACGUUAGCCUAACUUGUCAGGUGUAGAUAAUGAAAGACAUGAAUCUGUUAAAGAUGAAAUCAUGAAAUGUUGUUUGAACUUAAACAGUAUGUCUUUGUAAGAUACAGAAAACAACACAUGCAUUGUUUUUCUGUCCGAGGAAAUAAAAAUUGUUGCAUUAGUUUUUUCACAAAAAAACAACAACUUUCAAGUUGUACUUGUCAUGGCAACAAAGAGGGCGCCAAAUAUAUGCAAUGAUAUAACAGUAUUAUCUGUUGUAUUCUGUUUAUAGCCUGUAGGAGCUUUCAGAAUAGUUUUUUAUUAUAAUGUAGUGCAUUGUAUUGCAUAUGACUUAUCACUUUUUGGAACUAAUGUGGUACGUGUUAGUAGAGAUGCGUUACAUUUACAUGUAUUUAGACACGUUUGUCUAUAGCAACUUACAAAAAUCAUCAGUAGUUUAUCAUAAGAGACAACAAAUAUGUAAAAAUCACUGACAGGGCUGAGUAUCAUCUGCAUAAAAGCCAUGUGCCUUUAUAAUCGUUUCCUGUAAGGUUGGAGAAUAGGAAAGGAACCAGAACUGAACCGUGAGGCACCCCUGUGAGUACUUGAUGAAAACACCCUCCUCUUUAGGAGACCUUAAGGGAUCUGUCCAUGAGGGACAUAAAUGUGAGGUUGAUGAGGUGAGUGUGUAUUUGAGGUGUGUGGUUUGCGAAAACUUCAAAAUGUAAGUAAUGUGAAUUAAUAUGCCAAAAGUAAUACAUAUGAAAUGAUUUUGAACAGUAUUUUUUAUACGUAUUUCAAUAAUUUGUCAUAUCACAUGACUACUUAUGUCAGGGGUGUCCAGUCCUGAAGGGUGUCAGCAUAAUUGACCUACAUCCAAAUGUAUUUUAUUACAGCUCUUAAAGGGGACAUAUCAUGAAAAUCUGACUUUUUCCAUGUUUAUAUGCUGUAAUUGGGUCCCCAGUGCUUCUAUCAACAUAGAAAAUCUGAAAAAGAACAACCCAGUAACUUAGUUCUGGUAAACCAUUCUCUACAAGCGUGUGAAAAAAUAAGUAAUUGAAAUUUGGCUCCCCUUGUGAUGUCAGAAGGGGAUAAUACCGCCCCUUAAUAUGCACUAUCCAACCACAGCACUGCCAUUUAGUGCAGAGAUCAGCUUAUUUUCAUUUAAAAUUACACACCCAAAAAAGGCACAUUUUUGUUUACACCUAUGAAGUGGCAAUUUUAACAUGUUAUAAUAAAUUAUCUGUAUGAUAUUUUGAGCUAAAACUUCACAUAAUUACUCUGGGGACACCAAAGAUUUAUUUUACAUCUUAAAAAAAGUAAAAUGUCCCCUUUAAGACGCCGUAAUUAAAUCACAUUUAAACAUGAACCUGAAGAUCAGAAAUAUUGCAGACUGCAUUUUCAUUUAUUUACAAUUCAAAACAUUUUGAAAUGACAACACAGAGGAUUACCAGCAGCAAAGGGAAUAUGAAUAAUUCCAGUGCAAAAGACAAAGAGAGUGAAAGCAAAUUCACUCCUAACAAUAAAUUAUCCUAUAAUACCUGCAUAUUACAUUUCAGGAAAAAAACAAAACUUGCUGGAAUACACUUUUCUUCCCAGAAAGUUCACAGUCACUUUUGGCAUUUUUUUGUCCAGUUGCACGCUUUAGCUCAGAUGUUGGUUCGAUAGUUUUGGACUGCAAAGUCUGAAGAGGCAGGCUUUAAAUGCUGUUCAUUCAAUGAGAUCCUAAAUAAGACAUAAACAUGGUCAGCAAGCAAGAGGUGUACAUACAUAAACAUGAAAAAUGCAAAUAAAUAAAAAAUAUCUAUACAACGGG